GCGGCAGGCGGGGGUGCGGACGCGGGGAGCGCGGCGGGGGGAGGUGGGGCCGCGCCGAGUCGCAGUCCCGGCCCCGCCGCCGCGCCGCGCCGCGCCGCGCCGCGCCGCGCCGCCCGCUGUCGGCCUGUGUCCCAGCCCCGGUGGCGGCCCCCAGCGAGCGAGCUGAGAGCCGGGGCUCCUGGCGCCGUGGGACCGCCGGCUGCCGCGCCGCGCCGCGCCGCUUCCCCGUGAGGCGGCGGCCGCGUGGAUUCUGUGUAAACCGGCUGCGACGAGGACCGUGUCCUCUCCACAUGCAUCGCUCCGGAUAAGCCGAACAUCCCUCGCUCCGCUCGGCUCCGCUCCGCUCCCCUCCCCGCCCCGCCCCGCCCCGCGCGGCCAGAGCCAGGCGCCCGGUGUGCGAAGAGGAUCCGGGUUGAGCCCCGCGCCCCCGGUUCUCGUCCCCGCCCCGCCCCGUCCCGCCGCCCCCUCAGCUCCCGCUCGCGCUCCCGGAGCCGCGGCUCCCGGGGGUUAUGUUCCGCAGAGGUAGGUGAGGCGCGGCGCGGGCGGGCUGCCCCUCGGAGCAGCCGGCCGCCGGGGGGAGAGACUCGCGACUCCCGACUCGCUUCAGCGCGGGCGCGCCCGGCUCGGCCCCCGCCCCCCCGCUUUCCGCUAGGAACCGGCGAGGAAAUACUCGCGCUGGCUCAGAGCCGCCCGCGCCGGGGCGCAGCGACACCAGGUGGAGCGGCCGAGGGUGGGGCGACGGGGGACGCCGCGUUCCCCGCCGGCCGGCCGCGCGGGUCUUCAUUGCUGCCCUCGGGGCGGACGGAGCGCCCCGGCCCCCACGCCCCGCGCCGACCAUGGUAGUGUUCAAUGGCCUGCUGAAGAUCAAGAUCUGCGAGGCCGUGAGCUUGAAGCCCACAGCCUGGUCGCUGCGCCAUGCGGUGGGACCCCGGCCGCAGACUUUCCUGCUCGACCCCUACAUCGCCCUCAACGUGGACGACUCGCGCAUCGGCCAGACGGCCACCCGGCAGAAGACCAACAGCCCCGCCUGGCACGACGAGUUCGUCACGGAUGUGUGCAACGGGCGCAAGAUCGAGCUGGCCGUUUUCCACGAUGCUCCCAUCGGCUACGACGACUUCGUGGCCAACUGCACCAUCCAGUUCGAGGAGCUGCUGCAGAAUGGGAGCCGCCACUUCGAGGACUGGAUUGAUCUGGAGCCAGAAGGAAGAGUAUAUGUGAUCAUCGAUCUCUCAGGGUCCUCAGGUGAAGCCCCUAAAGACAAUGAAGAGCGUGUGUUCAGGGAGCGGAUGCGGCCCAGGAAGAGGCAGGGGGCUGUCAGGCGCAGGGUCCACCAGGUCAAUGGCCAUAAGUUCAUGGCCACCUACCUUCGGCAGCCCACCUACUGUUCCCACUGCAGAGAUUUUAUCUGGGGUGUCAUUGGAAAGCAGGGAUACCAAUGUCAAGUUUGCACUUGCGUGGUCCACAAGCGAUGCCAUGAGCUGAUAAUUACAAAGUGUGCUGGAUUAAAGAAACAGGAAACUCCCGAUGAGGUGGGCUCCCAGCGGUUCAGCGUAAACAUGCCCCACAAGUUCGGAAUCCACAACUACAAGGUCCCCACCUUCUGUGACCACUGUGGGUCCUUGCUCUGGGGCCUCUUGCGACAGGGUUUGCAGUGCAAAGUCUGCAAGAUGAACGUCCACCGGCGCUGUGAGACCAAUGUGGCUCCCAACUGUGGGGUGGAUGCCAGAGGAAUUGCCAAGGUGCUGGCUGACCUUGGUGUCACUCCAGACAAAAUCACCAACAGCGGCCAGAGGAGGAAAAAGCUCAUUGCUGGUGCAGAGUCCCCACAGCCUACUUCUGGAAGCUCACCCUCUGAGGAAGAUCGAUCCAAGUCAGCACCCACCUCACCUUGUGACCAAGAAAUAAAGGAACUUGAAAACAACAUCCGGAAGGCCUUGUCAUUUGACAACCGAGGGGAGGAGCACAGGGCAGCGUCAUGCACCGAUGGCCAGCUGUCAAGUUCUGGUGAGAAUGGUGAAGUCCGGCAAGGCCAGGCCAAGCGCUUGGGCCUAGAUGAGUUCAACUUCAUCAAGGUGUUGGGCAAAGGCAGCUUUGGCAAGGUCAUGUUGGCAGAGCUCAAAGGCAAAGAUGAAGUAUAUGCUGUGAAGGUCUUAAAGAAGGAUGUCAUCCUUCAGGAUGAUGAUGUGGACUGCACAAUGACAGAAAAGAGGAUUCUGGCUCUGGCACGGAAACACCCGUACCUAACCCAACUCUAUUGCUGCUUCCAGACCAAGGACCGUCUCUUUUUUGUCAUGGAGUAUGUCAAUGGUGGAGACCUCAUGUUCCAGAUUCAGCGCUCCAGAAAAUUUGACGAGCCCCGUUCCCGCUUCUAUGCUGCUGAGGUUACGUCAGCCCUCAUGUUCCUCCACCAACACGGUGUCAUCUACAGGGAUUUGAAACUGGACAAUAUCCUUCUGGAUGCAGAAGGUCACUGCAAGCUGGCCGACUUUGGAAUGUGUAAGGAAGGGAUUCUAAACGGUGUGACGACCACCACAUUCUGCGGAACUCCUGACUACAUCGCUCCUGAGAUCCUGCAGGAGUUGGAGUAUGGCCCCUCAGUGGACUGGUGGGCCCUGGGGGUGCUGAUGUAUGAGAUGAUGGCUGGUCAGCCCCCCUUCGAGGCCGACAAUGAAGACGACCUCUUUGAGUCCAUCCUCCAUGACGAUGUGCUCUACCCUGUCUGGCUCAGCAAGGAGGCCGUCAGCAUCCUGAAAGCUUUCAUGACCAAGAACCCUCACAAGCGCCUGGGCUGUGUGGUGGCACAAAAUGGCGAGGAUGCUAUCAAGCAGCACCCCUUCUUCAAGGAGAUUGACUGGGUGCUCCUGGAGCAGAAGAAGAUCAAGCCUCCCUUCAAACCUCGCAUUAAAACCAAAAGAGAUGUCAAUAACUUUGACCAAGACUUUACCCGGGAAGAACCGGUACUCACCCUCGUGGAUGAAGCAAUUGUGAAGCAGAUAAACCAGGAGGAGUUCAAAGGCUUCUCCUACUUUGGUGAAGACCUGAUGCCCUGAGAAGCUGCUGCAGGUGGUGUUUGCUGAUACUGCAAGAAAGGAUACCAAGAAAAUUCCUAUUUUUCCGGAGACUCCAAAGGUCUUGAACUACUUCUCCCAGAACCUGGUCCCUUGUCCACUCUCUAUUUAUUGCAUCCCCUUCCCCCUGGCCAGCUCCCCCCUCCUUCCACCUGUGACCAGAAGGCACUCUUGGUUCUUGUCUCGUGAGUAAGUCAGUCUGGGUCAGCAGUCAGCUGGACACACUGCCAUGUUUGGUCUUCUGGCAAGCCAAGUUCCAUUCCUUGGGGGCUCCUGGCAAUGAAGCAACUUCAGUUCUUUUACUGCAACGAAAAGGAAGUAAACAAGAAGACUCUGACUACUGUUGGCCAGCUCUCAUCCCUUCUCUGCCCUUCUGUUCAGAAGAGACCGGUGCUUCCUCUGCGUGAGGUUGGGUGCCCUGAGGGAGAGGCCAAGGUUGGCUCACCUGUGUUGGUUUGUUCUGGAUGGCUAAUUCUUGCUUGCUUUGGUUUUAGCUUUCAGGCAUGCCAGAGCUGUGUAUGCAUGUCUCUUGUGGAAGAAAUCACUCUUUGUAGAAAAUGAAAUUUGAUUUUGAACUCUAUUAAUAUAUGAAAAACUAUUUUCAAAUUUACUUUUAAUUGGCCAGAAGAUAUUCAUUUCAAUGUCAAUGCAGGUAGCUAUCAAAGGGCUAAUCUAUGGUGAGAAACCAGUCGUCCGAGGUUCAUGCUGUUGAUGCUGUAGUGGCACAUGGGAGCUCUGUGAAUGGAGAGGAAAGGAGACAGGUUGUGCCCCUCCUUAUGGAAUUUCUGCCUGAACACAAAGGCCACCACAGUGGUGGUCGAGACCCUGGGGUUCUAGCAAAACUCAGCUCCCAAGUUCUCUUCCCUGUUUUGUCCUCGGUUCCCAGCAUAAACCCUAUUUAUUUUUCUGCAGCAGUGUGUUAUGUUUGCACACUUCUGCAAAAUGGUAGUACUACUGUGUCGUGACUUUUUAAACAUUAAACAUGUAAAGCUAGAUAUGAAAUAUCUUCUUUGGGAACAAGCAAGAAUGAAGCUAAACAUGACUUUGCAAAGGUUACUGAGAAGCCAAUCAGAGUGACUUGUUUUUAAACUGACAAUGUGGUUAAAAAAAAAAAAAAAAUGUCCAGGGAGUUUUAUUUCAGUGUGACAUGCAAUGGACACUAUGUAAUGGCUGUGAUGUUACCUCCUGUAGCUACGCUAACAGUGUUACAUUCUUUGAUUUCCAAGGGUUCUCUGUGGCUUUGUGUGCUGUGUUUCCUGGAGGUCCUUUGAUUAUUUUACUGAGCUGAUUGAGCAGGGAAUGGAAUCCAUUCCAACUGUUGCACGUGGAUUUCCCAGCUGCCCCUAAAUAUAUAUAUACUUCUGUGAGUGGCAAAGUGGCACUAAUGAAGCUUUUUGCCUUUUGUACAUUUGAGAAUUUUGUAUAUAGUGUUUGCUGCAAGGCCUGUGGAAUUACUUCAUUGAAAUUAGAGGUAUCAACUGCUGCAUGUUCAGGCAUAUUAUAAAACUUUAGUCUAUGAAAGAAUAAUUAUAAAAAUGUCCAGGUGCAAUACUCUGUAAGUGUAUUGGUUCAAGUUACCGAGAGAUAAAGUCUUUCUCUGCUCUCUCUCUCUCUUUCUCUCUCUCUCUUUGGGAGAGUAUAUUGUCUAGUUCACCUUGGUCUCUUUUAAAAGAUGAAAACAUAUGCUAAGCUAUGUUAAAUUUUUCAUAGUCUUCUCCUCUGCUUUACUGUACUCUGAUAGAGAUGAGGAAAAGAGGGGGGGGUGGUUAAUGGUGUUUCAAAGCUCGGACAGUGACUAGUGAGAGCCCAGAGUCAGGGUCCAUAUUUGCUACUAAUCAUGACAUACAAUUCUCUUGUGCUUUUAUUUCUCCAAAACUCAGGUGUAACUAUUAUCUGUCCUUAUGUUAACAUCAGAUUCUAUGCUCUAUCAGUCUGUGCACUUGGCUUGCCAGCAAAGCGAUGAAGGACAGUAGAUUAACUUUAUCUUUGGUAACUUGACCUUCCGGGGAGAGACUAUCUUCUGGAGUUGAGCACAAGCACAUCUUUAUGGUGGCAUCAUCUCAUUUUUUAGGAAGGCAUGACCAUACUACCCAUCAUACUCAUGCAUCACUCCUGCUCUCUUCCCUCUGCUUCCUUCCCCACCAUCAACUCUGAACAGCCCUCCACACUCUAGCUGCAGCACCACAUGGUCUUGUCCUGGGGCUUGAAGGAGGCCCUGGUCAGCUGGAGGUGACCCCCUCCAGCAGGACAACUAAGAUUUUUGCUGGUAAGUCAAAUAAUGAUAUAUUUCCCAUGGCAGCUCCAGCAGUCAGUCAGUGCCCAGAGUGUGUCCCCUCUUAACACCUGUCCCCGCUGGGAGCAGGAUCUGGUCAAGUCCUCAGACAGACCGAUUCCCUCCCCAUCUUGUCUAUAAAGAAAAGCUUGCUGUUCCUCAAGUAUUCAUUGUUUCAUUCCUGUUCUCACCAGAGUUUGGAAGCAGACACACUGUUACAUUCCUGCCUAUUCUUUUCUCAUUUUUUUCCAGCUCUCUUCUCUUCUCUGUCUCUCUUUUUUUUUUUAAGGGGGAAAAAAGAGUGCAAAAAAAUGCAAAAAAAAAUGUAUAUGAAGGAUAGCUAUUCUCCUUUGUUCUUUCAUUAUGGACUUUGUGUAGAGGAAACAAGAUUUUUUUUUCCUCUAAAGGUGAAAAAAGCUGCAUUCUUGCUUUAAAAAAAAAAAAGAAGAAGGCUAAAAGAUUACCUCUUUUUAAAUUAUGUGCAGAAUAAUUCUGGCUAAAUAUAAAAAUGUGUUCAAUUAUAGGAAUUUUUGUAUUGUGAUGCUUUAUUUGUACAUUUUCCCCUUUUUUUGGAUGUAAUUUUAAUCUCUUGCCAUUCAUUAGUGUUAUUUCAUUGUAAACAUUAUUGUGCCAAAUGUACUGUAUUCAAAAGGAUGUGAAUGUGUAUUGUCACAGAACCUAAUAAACACAAUGAUGUUCAGUCGUA